UACUCCUAAGGAGCGAACGGCCAUUGAACAGAAAGAGGAAGAAGAAGAAGAACGGCGCGAGCUCUUCAGUCCUCUCUGAUCGUGUUCUGCUGUGUUCGACCUGGUCCUGCUUGCCACAUUACAAUGAGCUGUGACGUUGUAAAGAUAGAGUUAAAUAAAGAGAAGAAUAAGGAUUUUACGUGCCAUCAGUGUGGAAAGAGCUUGUCGUGUAAAGCAAGUCUCAAAGACCACAUGAGAAUCCACACCGGAGAGAAACCCUUCACAUGUCCUCAUGUGGAAAGAGUUUCACGCGUAAACAAGGCUUUAUACGUCACAUAAGGGUUCACACCGGAGAGAAGCCGUAUGUGUGCAAGCACUGUGGAAAGACUUUCAGAAAUGGGGCAAACCUUUGGUCUCACUUAAGGGUUCACAGUCACGAGAAGCCAUUCAAGUGUGCUCUGUGUGUAAAGGGUUUUUUAAGUAAAGACCAUCUCGACCGUCACAUGAGAGUUCACACUGAAGAAAAGCCUUUCUCAUGUCCUCAGUGUGAGAAGUGUUUUAGAACUAAAUGCAGCCUUGGUAUUCACAAACGAAUCCACGUCGCAGAUAAUCCUUUCUUGUGCUCUCACUGUGGAAAACAUUUUGUAUCUAAAAGAAACUUUGACAGUCACAUACGGAUUCACACUGGAGAGAAACCGUUCACAUGUGAUCAGUGCGGAAAGAGUUACAAAUGGUCAAAUAGUCUCAGAAUUCAUAAAAUCAUUCACUCCGGAGAACAGCCGUUUAAGUGUGAUCAGUGCGAUAAGAGGUUUGUUCUGGAAUCACAACUAAAGGACCACAUGAGAACUCACACUAAAGAGAAGCCUUACUUGUGUUUUGUUUGUGGAAAGAGGUUUACGUGGCUGGGCAGUUUUAAAGACCAUCUGAAAAUCCACUCUGUGUGAAAAACCUUACAAGUGCUCGCAUUGUGAGAAGAGUUUCAAACAGUCAGGAGCCCUAGAAGACCACGAGAGAAUCCACACUGGAGAGAAACCCUUCCGUGCGGCAGGAGAUUCACUCAUUCCAAAACUGCAAUGAUGCACAGAAAGAAGCACUGCCCAAAAUUAAAGUCCGUAUGACUGAAGAAACAAGAGCUUAAGAGCUCAACGGUUCAUGUUGCCCUUGUUUUACUCUGCUAUUUGUGAUUCGAAUGUGAAAAAUGUUCAAGCACACCUUACUGAGCAUGCAGUCUUUCACAUAAUAUACAUUAAUCUGUAGUAAAGUUACUACUCUUCAUUAGUAUGUGAUUGUUCACUGCACCCGAAUCAUUCUUUACAUCCUGGUUGCAAAUGUAAAGUUCAGUUUGCUCUGUUCACAGACGUGAAAUGUCAUCCAUUCUUCAUUUCCUUCCACCGCUCCGUUAUUCCUUCCCUGUUUAUAUAACCUGUAUCAGUCUGUAGAAUAAUAAAAUGUCUUGUCACAGUGAAGAUUUAUCAUUCAGUAAAUUUUAGAGUCUCUCUCACCACAAAUCAUUAACCUCAAUCAUUUCUGUUCUAGAAACCAUUAAUCAUUUGAUGUGAUUUUCUCUCACAUGUUCAUUCGGCUCAGUGCAGUUUUUAACAAACCGCCUUUGAUUAAAGAGCUGUCAGAAAAGUAAAACUGAGAACUUAUACUAAAGAAAUUAGAGUUGUAGCCUUGUUUUGGGGAAAUAACAGGUGUUACUAAUAUAAUUUAAGGAAACCUUUUUAAUUGAGUUUAGUAAUAGCAAAGACUAGGGAGUUGUAAAGUAAAGUGAAGUUUACUUUGGGGUUUUGGCGGUUCGAACGCGUCAUCUGCGCAUGCGCACUAACAUCGGGAUCCACCGGGACGCGCGUCCUCCUUCAGUCCAGCAGGUGGCGGUAACUCAUCUUACACUUCUGUGCUCUCCGCCAAUAACAACAGUAGAAGAAGAAGAACAAUAACAGCGCGCACUGCUCGAUUAGGUCAUCCUUACCACAUAAGCAUGAGCUGUGACGUAAAGAUGGAGUUUGUUGAAGAGGAGAAUGAUGAUACAUGCCAUCAGUGUGGAAAGAGCUUCUCAAGUAAAAGAAACCUCAAAGAUCACAUGAGAAUUCACACCGGAGAGAAACCCUUCACAUGUCCUCAGUGUGGAAAGAGUUUCAGACAGAAAGAAUGCUUUAUGAUUCACAUAAGGAUUCACACCGGAGAGAAGCCGUUUGCGUGUCAGCUGUGUGAAAAGAGUUUCACGAGUCGAGGAAGUCUUAACAUUCACUUAAGGGUUCACAAUAUUGAGAAACCAUUCAAGUGCCCUGAGUGUGAAAAGAGUUUUGGACGUAAAGACCACUUCAAUCGUCACAUGAGAAUUCACAGUGGAGAUAAUCCAUUCUCAUGUCCUCAGUGUGAGAAGUAUUUUUUAACUAAAACCCACCUUGAGAGUCACAUACGGAUUCACACUGGAGAGAAGCCGUUCACAUGUGAUCAGUGCGGAAAGAGUUACAAAUGGUCAAAUAGUCUCCGAAUUCAUAAACUCUUUCACUCCGGAGAAAAGCCAUUUAAGUGUGAUCAGUGCGAUAAGAGGUUUGUUCUGGAAAAAGACCUAAAGGCCCACAUGAAAACUCACACUAAAGAGAAGCCUUACUUGUGUUCUGUUUGUGGAAAGAGUUUUGCAUGGCUGAUACGUUUUAAAGACCAUCUGAAAAUCCAUUCUGGUGUGAAAGAGUAUUUGUGCAAAGACUGUGGUAAAGCCUUUACUGCAGCCACUCAGCUGAAAGUGCACCGCAGGAUCCAUACUGGAGAAAAACCUUACAAGUGCUCGCAUUGUGAGAAGAGUUUCAAACAGUCAGGAGCCCUAAAAGACCACGAGAGAAUCCACACUGGAGAGAAACCCUUCCAGUGCCUUCCGUGCGGCAGGAGAUUCACUCAUUCCAAAACGGCAAUGAUGCACAGAAAGAAGCACUGCCCAAAAUUAAAGUCCAUAUGACUGAAGAAACAAGAGCUUAAGACCUCAACGGUUCAUGAGUUCUGAAUUAUUGCCCUUGUUUUACUCAUUGGGAUUCGAAAUGUGAAAAAUGUUCAAACACACCUUACUGAGCACGCAGUCUUUCAUAUAAUAUAAAUGACAUGUAGUAAAGUUACAAAUCUUCAUUAUUAUAUGAUUGUUAACAUGUACACUUGCAUUAUUGUAAUACUUUCUUAAAAAAAGGAAUAAAAUGAAAUCCAGUUUCUGUUAAAAUAUUCACUUGUAGAGAUGGACUUUACAUUAAAACAAAUAUUCCAAUGUGA